AGGGCAGUUUUUCAUUUUGAAUUUUUCCCACACACACACACACACACAUUUUCGCUGAGUGAAAGGAAUCAACCAAAAGAUAUGCCACGCAGAGACGUGACCAUAGACAUUCCUCAUCAUCAUCAUCAUCGGAAUGUGACACGUGGUCUGAGUUUCGACAACCCGUCAUUCAAUGCUGACGAGCAGCAGCAGCAGGAGGAGAACGGCGACGAAAACGACACCCGUCGACAGCAGCGACACCGUCGACGCGGACACGACACCGACGACGACGACGACGACGACAACAACGUUCAUCCCGAAAAGAGUCGCGAUGACGGGAAAAAGUCCGAGUACGAUUUCGAAGAUGACGCUGAAGAUGGCAGCACGGGUCUGAGGAAAUGGUUCCCGGGUUUGUUUGAGGACUGGAGGGGCAAGGAUUGGAGGGACUUUCUGUCGGAUUUCGUGCCAGGGAUCCCCGUGGGCAUUUCCAGUGUGCCCCAGGGCAUCGUGUUUGCUGAACUGUCGAAUCUUCCUGUUCAGUAUGGCUUGUAUGCUGGGUUUGUUGGAGCAAUAGUUUCUGCAUUUUUGAAUCCAUUCAAGGAGAUAAACACUGGAGCUGUGGCAGCUGUUGCUUUGUUGCUUGGGGCAGCCACCAUUGAUCUGCCUCAAUCAACAGCUAUUUUAUAUGCAAAUAUCAUGUGUUGCUUGAUUGGUGUUGUGACCCUGAUCAUUGGCUUGGCUAAGUUUGAUAAAUAUGUGGAUUACUUUUCAACAAGAGCUGUAACUUGUGGAGUGUUUUCUGCUGCUGGAUGUUUGACCAUGUUGGCGAUGGUGCGAUUCUUUUUG